AUGAAUCGUCCUGCAGUCGAUCUGGUCCUGCUGACGAAAGCAGAGGCGCAAAACCCAUGGAGCCACCUAAUCAAGAUUCCACACAGGUAUGUGAAGAAGCAAGCUCUGCACGAACCCAAGAACGCCAUACUCAUCGUACUUCCACAGCUGGAACCUCCCACCAACGAUGAGGAGGUGGCAUCGGCCGCAGAGUCCUUCAGACCCUUGGCCCGUGAGCUGGAGCGCCUGGACGUGAAGGACCCCAUUCUGGCUGCCCAGGCGGCACGCCUCGUAGCCCUCUACUGGCGCUUGUGGGAGUCCUACGUCUCCAAGAACGCCGACAAGCGCCGUUCCUUGGAAUAUGACGUCCUCCUGUCCUCCUACAAGGAAGAACACCAGAAGAUCGAAGAAGGCAUCAUCGGGGACCUGGAGGAUUGGAAGGAACCCCUGGUCAACUCCGCAGAUGUUGGCAAGCAGAAGCAAGAUGGAUCAGAGUAG